UUUGUGGGUGGCAGAGGAACAGGAACAGUGUCUUGUAUUUGACCGAGGUGUUCGGUGAUCGGAAGUGUUCGGCGGAGACUUUGACUUUCCUUUUCGGGAGUGCCAGGAGAGGCUUUAUAAAUUUUCGUCGGAGUGCUGCAAGUGCGACAGGACAAUAUGACUAUUAGACCUAUAUUCUCGGGAUAUCCCUUCCAGGCUGGUGGUGUUUGCACAGGACAGGGCCGCGUGAACCAGCUGGGCGGCGUGUUCAUCAACGGGCGGCCGCUGCCCAACCACAUCCGCCUCAAGAUCGUGGAGAUGGCGGCGGCGGGCGUGCGCCCCUGCGUGAUCUCGCGGCAGCUCCGCGUGUCCCACGGCUGCGUCUCCAAGAUCCUCAACCGGUACCAGGAGACCGGCUCCAUCCGGCCCGGCGUCAUCGGCGGGUCCAAGCCUAAGGUAACCACGCCUGACGUCGAGAAAAAGAUCGACGACUAUAAAAAGGACAAUCCCGGCGUGUUUUCGUGGGAGAUCAGAGACAGGCUCAUCAAGGAGGGAAUCGUGGACAAGAUGUCAGCUCCUUCCGUCAGCUCCAUCAGCCGCAUCCUGCGAGGCGGAAGGCGUGACGACGACCCCAGGAAGGACCACAGCAUCGAUGGCAUCCUCGGAGGCGCUGGCUCGGACGAGAGCGACACGGAGAGCGAGCCGGGGAUCCCCCUCAAGAGGAAGCAGAGGCGCUCCCGCACCACCUUCACCGCCGAGCAGCUCGAGGUCCUUGAGAGAUCCUUCGAGAAGACUCAGUAUCCGGACGUCUACACGAGGGAGGAGGUGGCCCAGAAGGCCAAGCUGACCGAGGCCCGCGUCCAGGUGUGGUUCAGCAACCGCAGGGCGCGCCUGCGCAAGCACCUCAGCAGCCAGCAACUGGCCGGCCUGUCGUCCUCCUCCAUGCCCACGCCCGCCGCCGUGCCCACCGCCACGGCCGCCGCCGCCUCCACCUACAUGAACCAGUACGCGCCGCCCGCGGCCGCAGACCACACCGCAGUCGCUGCCGCUGCCUAUCACUCGAGCAGCGCCUGGCAGAACACGGCCGGCUACGACUACCCCGGCGCCGCCGCCUUCACCGCCGAGAACUCCCACGCCCUCAUGUCGUCCCCCAUGGCUGCCAUGACGUAUCCCGUGACCUCCUCCAUGCCCUCCACCAUGGGCGCUGCCAUGACCCCCGCCAUGAACACGACCAUGACGGCCACCACCACGCCGGGCACCAACGAGGCGGUCAGCUGGCCCGUCCAGACCAAGAGCAUGCCCUCGCCGCCCAUGGCCGGCUGGAACACUGGCUUCUCCACGCUGGGCACCGCCGACCAGCUGGGCAUGAGCGGGCUCCUGGGCACACAGGGCUACAACAUGGGCCACGCCAUGGCCGCCCCCGCCCCGCCCAUGGCGGAGAAGGGUCACAUGCCGCCCACGACCGCCGCCUACCCCACCUACUUCCCGCAGUUCACCGACCCGUCCAGCCUGAUGUGCGGCCGCGUCCACUAGUCGUCCUCGGCCGCAGCUGCGUCCAGCGAGGCGCCUCGGGCCUCCUGGUGACCUCCCGGCGAGGUUGACCUCAUCUGCUGCCUCACGUUGAUCCGCGUCCAGUCGAGGAAAGAGAGAAAGCAAACAAAGGAAACAGCCCAUGCGUUCACAACCUCAAUAAUAGCAAAAAUCUAUAGUAUUUACUUCCUCUUGAAAAUGAUUUCAUACACAUAUUUAAUGAGGAGUAACUCGUAGAACAUAUUUGUUAGCUCUCCGAAUAUAGUAAUUACCACACCAGUAUAAAUGACCUAUAGAUCACGCUAGAUAGUGAUGUCACAUUAUCACAUAGCCUUAAAGCCUCAUGGAUGUUUUCCAGCCUCACCGAAGAAGCCUUGAAGAGCACAAACCUCAUGCCAACAGUGCCUAGUAGAGAUAGGAUGAGAGAACGAUCCCCUUUAGCCAAAGUUAACAUUUAGUGUAAUUUUUUAAUGUACAUUUAGUCAGGAGUGCUGCCCCUAGUACUUUUUUGGGGGGAACCCCUAACACAUGUAAAUACCGCCUUAAGUUUUAUAUAUAUACAUACAACAAGGGAAU